GAGAAUAAGGCUCCUCACAGACUUCCUGGAAGGGUGGAACAGUGCACAUUACGCAGUGUUUGGCCACACCAUGUCUGCCGCUGAAUGGAAGAAGAGGUGCGAGGCUGAGUGGGGUCUGCAGGACGCACCGAUGCCUGACAGCCUGGACUGGAAGUCCGUGUAUGAGGCCAAACCGCUCGGGAGAAACUUACUGCGGAACCCCGCGCCACACGGCUUGAGCAAGGACACCCCUCCACCUGAACCUGAGCUGUCUGAAGUGCCAACACGUGGACCUCCACGUUUUCAACCUGAUGGUGACUUCAGCGGCUGGACCACAAGCACAGAAGUCCUCCCCUAUGAUAGCAGUAGCAUCCCAGCAGGUGCUGUUGUCUGUGAAUUGCCUCAAUACAGCUGGUUCUCCAUGGAGCAGACUGUGGACCUGAAGGCAGAGGGGCUGUGGGAAGAGCUGCUGGAUGAUUUUCAGCCUGAAAUAGUCAUUCAAGACUGGUAUGAGGAGAGUCAGCUGCAUGAGUCCAUCUACCAGCUGCAUGUGAAGUUACUGGGUGCAGACAAAAUCACUGUGAUCUCAGAGCACACUGUCCACCCCACUGAGGACCUCAGCACUUACUCACACACCUGGAAGGAGGUGUCAUAUGUGUUCUCUGGCUAUGGGCCCGGGGUGAGAUAUGUCCACUUCCUGCACAGACUGAAGAACAAUUUCACAGUUGAGUUCUUCCCCACACUGUUCACCGGCAGCUCAGUGAUUGUCAAGCCAACCAAAACCAGCUCCUAGGCUGAAUCCUUCUGAAAACUGCAGUGUAAACAUGCAGUUGGAGCUGUCACACUCAACAUGCUCAAUACAUACUGUAUCAGCUUUCAGGCUAGUUAUCAUAGGUUGGAUUUUAAUGCACCUAGGAACAUUACAAAGUGUUCAAUCAUAAAACUUUUUAAUUUACUUUUUAUGCUGAUUGUUAGGCUCCAUUUUAAGUUGUUUUGCUUUUGCAUUUGGUGUGAACUGGUUUGUGCAGUAAUAAAACACACUUUUCUCA